AUGUCAAGUUCUAGUGAAGAUAUUAAUAAUGACUCAAUAAAUAUAAAUGCACUUUCAACAGAAACAUUUACAAAUGAAACAGGUGAGCCUGAAUUAGUUGAAAAAGAUGAUUCGCUCACAUUUCCGAAAGAAAUACUGAAAGAUUCAUCAAAUGAAUUAAUUGAACUCACAGCAUCAGAAAUGCAGAUAUAUGGUGAUGAAAUAACUGAUGAAGGAUAUUUUGAAAUUUAUGUCUACUAUGAAGACGACGACGAUUUUACAAUCAAAACAUUGUUACCUAAGCUCGGAGCCGAAAACAUUCGUUAUUGUUGCUCUGAGUAUCAUGGAGUUCCAGGAAAAACGACGUUUGAAAAUUUCAAAAGCCUAGUACAGAUAUCAAGGAAGGUUCUAAUCGUUAUUUCAAAAACUUUCACGGAGAAUACAAUAAACGCGUUCCUGUUGGAGGUUUUGUUUGACUUUCAUAUCAAAGACAAUAUCAUAACGUUGAUAACUGAUGGAACGAUAACAAAAGAUAUCUAUUUCAUCCGACAAACAAACAUUAUUUACCUAGACGAUUCUGAAUGGUGGAGGAGAUUAAAAAUGGAGAUAACCUUUCUUAAUCCAGAAUUUUGCGCUAUAUUGUAUACUGGAAAAGUUUCAAAUACACUUUUUUUACGAGGACUUUGCUUUGAUAAUUUCGAAUAUGAUGUGUAUGGACUUUUAGUUAGAACAGAGAAAAAAGUAAUUAAAUUAGAUAUGCAGCUUUAUUUAAAACAUCUAAAUUAUCAUGAACAAUAUAACGUAGAAGAAAUGUGUGGUCAAUGCAAAUCAUUGCAAAGCCCCGACACAAUUGUAAGCUUAGUUUUUGGUCCUCAGUUUUGUUUUGAAUCUGACAUGUUAACGUCAGCAAUACGAAGAAACAUCGUUAAACUUUGUGAAGAUAUAAUGGAUGCACAUUCUUUUAAAGUGAAUUGGUUAUGUGGAACCAGCAUUCGGGGGAAAUAUAUUCCUAACCUUAGAUUUUUUACUGCUCAUUUACACAAUGAAAUACAGCAUGCUAUAUAUAAUGAAGUGGCAAGACGCAUUGAAGAGCCUUGCUUUCCUCAGUAUCAAAUUAUCGAGGAAAGAAUUAAAUCGUUCGAAGAAGUAUGGGACGAAGAAAAAUAUCCGCCAAUAGAUAAAAUGGCUGAAGCAGGAUUUUAUUUUGAAUCAAAGCCCAAUAGAGCGCAGUGUUUUUUCUGUGGUCUCAGCACUUCUACAUGGAAUAGUGCAACCAAUCCUUUGGCAAUUCAUUCCCGUGCAAUACGAACUUGUACAUAUUUACUAACUAAAUGCUCCCCUGAUUCUUUCCCAGUUGAAAGUAUUGUUAUUCCUCCACCUAUCGAGGAUCGUCUAAUGAAUUUUGAUGAAAGAAAGGCUUCGUUUUCAAAUUUUAAGUAUUCUGCGUGGGCAGUUAUAGAAGAGGACAGAGAAAUUAUUGUUGAUUGUCUUUCUGAGGCUGGUUUUAAGUAUUCUGGGUUUGAUACAUGCAUUAGUUGUUUCAAAUGCAAAGCUUCAGUGACAUAUGAAAAUCCUAGAUUAAAGCCGUGGAUUUUGCAUGCAGUGAUAUCACCUUCCUGUUCCUUUGUAUUGUCCGUGAAAGGGAAAGAAUUUAUUGAAACCGUUGCAUCAACAAUGGACUUUAGUAUUGACCCAGAACCAACUGUUGUUACUUUUCUACUGAAAGUGUUUGAUGGAAAACACAGAAUUGACUGGAAAGAGCCAAUAACAAUUACUAUGCCUCUAUCGGAUACUUCAGAAUUCAAAUUAUAAGAUCCGAAACACCGAUUUGUAU